AUACAGUGGAUAGCUAGAGCGAGCUAAGCUGUACCAAAGUGGCCCGUUAAACGCAAGCUCCUCUCACAUGAACACAGUGAAAUGUGAAAGCAAACCCAGUUUGCUCUUUCCCCAUUCCUCCAUCUGUUUCCCGAAGCGCCCGCGCGGCUCCUAGAAAUUUUGAACUCCCCCUCUCGCUCUGCCGCGCACCACCACCGCUUUUCCGCUCGCGGCGAGGGUUAAGGGCGGCGGCGGCGGGCGCGCCAUGGCCGGGAAGAAGGCAACCCCAGUUAAGCCCGCCCCUCCCUCCACCCAGCGCAACGGCAGCGCCACCCCCGGCUCCAAGGGCCGGGCCAAGCAAGCUUCGGAGGAGGCCUCAGCCGCCAGCGCCAAGGCGCGGUCGGCGCCGAAACCUCGCAAAAUCACCAAGGAGAAGCCGGCGGCCGCCAAGAAGAAGCGCGACAAGCCGGAGCCCCAAGAGGGCAGCAAGCGUAAGAAGCAGCAGGCGUCCGGCGACGCGGCGACGCCUGCGAAGAAGAGGAAGAAGGGCGACGGCCCGGAGCCCAAACCCCGGAAGGAACCCAAGCCCGCGAAGAAGCAGCAGCCAUCCGGCAAGCCGGAGAAGCCCGCGACGCCAUCGAGGAAGCAGCAGCCAUCCGGCAAGCCGGAGAAGCCCGCGACGCCCUCGAAGAAGCAGCAGCAGUCAUCCGGCAAGCCGGAGAAGCCCGCGACGCCCGCUAAGAAGCAGCAGUCACCCGGCAAGCCGGAGAAGCCUGGGACGCCCGCGAAGAAGAAGCAAUCAACCGGCAAAGCCGACAAGCCCGCGCCCACGCCGAAGAAGCAGCAGCAGUCACCGGGCAAAGUGCGGAAGUCCGCGGCGCCCGCGACCUCGCCCAUGAAGAAGCGCGAGAAGCCCACGCCGACGAAGAGAAAGCGUGGUGACGAUGAGCCCCCAAAGGAGCUCAGGAGCCCGAAGAGGGCGUCCGGCGAUGGGGAUGUGCCCGCAUCUACGCCCGUGAAGAAGAGGAAGGACCAGAAGGCGGCUGCGGCCGGCAUGGGUUCGUGCAGCUUCCCGAUGGCGCGGGUGCGGCAGCUGAUGCGGGCCGAGGACGCCACCAUCCGCGCAGCCAAUGAGGCUGUCUUCCUCAUCAAUAAGGCAUCGGAGUUAUUCUUGGGGAAGUUUGCAGAGGAUGCUUAUCGCAAUGCCCUGAAGGAUCGUAAGAAGUCGAUUAUUUACGAUAAUCUUUCAACAGCUGUCUGCACCCAGAAGGGUUUGAAGUUUCUUUCAGAUUUCGUACCGCAGAGAGUUACAGCCGAGGAUGCUCUGAAGGCAACGGCUGACAACAAAUCAUAGUCUGAUGUUAGAUUGCUAGUCUUGUGUUGAGGCAUGGUGGUUUUUUUGCUCCUCAGCACGUGCAAGGAAACCUGUAGUGUUGAAUUGUAGUAUGGUAGAUCCGCAUGGCAGGUGAUGCCCCCAUUUUACCAUAACACCUGGGAUCUGUACUGGUCCAUAGCUUAGGGUGGACUAAAAAUGUUUGGUCGGGGGCUGGGCAUGCUGUGAUAUGCUUGAACUGACUAUGCAAACUAGAACAAGAGUAGGAGAGAACCAGUGGCGGAUCCAGCAGUGGGUCAGGGGGAGAGGGGGGCCUCAAGCCCCUCUACCACCCAAAAACAAUGGAGACCCUCUUGAGUCCCCCAUCCAUGUUAAGGAGAAAGGAGGAAGAAGAAGAGUCCUCUGGGAGCCAUAGCUGGCUCCACCACUUA